AUGAAUGAAGCAGAUAUAUUAAACUACAAUUUUAACCACAACACCUUCUUGUGCAAGUCUAUGAUGUCCAAUUUGACUUCACUUGCUGACCGCCAGAAAGUUGUAAGAUGGAUGAGAAAAUUGAGCACUAGCAAUAGAACAAUAGAUGAAAUGAAAUUGAGGAAUGACUUUAUGUAUUAUUUGGUCAUGAAUUUACAGACAAUGGAGUUAUCACCACCCUUCAACGAUAACCCUCCACCCUGUCCUUUACAAACUAUAGCACACUUACUUCCUGGAGGUGCAGAAGCGAUAGGUGCUGCACAGGCUGAAGCGGCAGCUCAGUGGACUGAACAACCACCACCAGAAAAACCUUUAUUGUAUGCCAAUUCGCCUGAUGGAGGUGCAUUUUUAGCUGCUCAACCGAUUCCGCGAUGUGGGGCUUUUUGUUAUUUGGCGGUUGUUAGUAAAUCCCCUAAAGCCGACUAGAGGUUAUACCUUUUGUCAUUUUUUUCGUACAUGAUGGUUUAUAUGGGCAAUAAAUUCAAAAUCGAUAGCAUCAUAAAUAUCUCUGUGCCUAUCGUUGUCUUAAUUUAUUCUUUCUUUGAAGUAAAAUUUAGUUCUGAUAAAAUGAAACACCCUGUAUUUUAUUAAUGUACAUAUAUUAUGUAUUUUUUUGAUCAUUGUAUGUACAUAAGUAUAUGGAAAUCAAAACUUCGUUGUUUGGGACUAUGCGCCUUAAUAAUUUAUUUCUUUUUGUUGAAGGAUGUUAUAAAAUUCAAUACAAACAAAUUCUUAGCGUUAAAAAAAUACAGAUUGCUUCAAAUUAAUGAGGA